AGCAGGAUAAGAGACAGAGGCAUGAGUGCCAGCAUGCUCAUGUCAGAAAUGAAUCCGGUCAAAUGCAUGGUUGUAAAGAGGUGAUCUGCCAUGCAUCAUCGUGGUAAGACAUCUUCCCUAAUGAAGCGGCAUUAGAGCACCUAUGCCAUUGAUUGAGGGUCCAGAAAGGAUUAAUUGCAUUGCAGGAAAUGACUGAAGUGCAUCUGAAAGAUAUUGAAUCAGCAGUUAAAAGUGAUUAAACACUGCUAAGGAUUGUUGGUGGACCUCUGUUGGACUUUAUUGGCUUGCGAACCAAAGACCGCUGCCAUCUCCUCAAGUUCCUGUUUAAAAAAAAAUCUAUACUCCUUUUCAUCAAAGAAAAAAAAACUAAUAAUGGCUAUGUUUUAAUGAUUUUGGACUUGUGGUUUCCAACUUGCCAUCUUAUCACUUUUCUUACUUUGUGACUCCAGUCUUGUAAAAGUGGGGAUCAUUUGGCCCCUGGGGGUCCGGGCUGCGACCCCGGCCCCGGCCCCCAAACCAAAAAUGCAUCGCUCAAGUACAGAUGAAACGCCGUACCGCCGGAGUCCCUCUCUGGACAGUAAGCCGGGCUCGCCGCCGCUGCGCUACAGCGGGGAGUACGAGUACCACAGCUCGCCCUUCGUCUUCGGCCUUCGUACCACACCGGGCUCAAAGCAAGCUAAAGCCAGCUACACCACUGCACAGGGCCGGAAAUAUGUGGUGUUUUACCUCGACCUGUCCUUCAUCUUCCUUCUAGAGCUGCGGCGCUGCAAGAUGGCCGAGGGCUGCCUGAGGGCCCUGAGAUACGGGAUGGUUUUCUUCAAUCUGCUCUUCUGGCUGGGCGGCUGUGGGAUUCUGGGAGUGGGAGUUUGGCUUUCCAUCACGCAGGGAAACUUCGCCACGCUCUCCUCGUCUCUACCGUCGCUCUCUGCCGCCAAUCUGCUCAUCGCUGUUGGAAGCAUCAUCAUGCUGAUUGGCUGCCUGGGCUGUGUGGGCGCGGUCAAACAGAACCGCCCAUUGCUCCUGAGCUUCUUCAUUCUGCUGCUCCUGAUAUUAUUGUUGGAGAUUCUGUUCAUGGUUCUGUUCUUCGCAUAUCAAGAUCAGAUUGAUCUGUAUGCUCAAAGCGACCUGAAGAAAGGCCUGCAGCUCUUCGGGACUGAAGGAAACAUCGGCCUGACCAACGCCUGGAGCAUCGUCCAAACCGACUUUCGCUGCUGUGGAGUGACCAAUCACACGGACUGGUUUCACGUGUAUAACGCGACGCGUGUGCCGGACUCCUGCUGUCUGGAGUACAGAGAUAACUGCGGUCUGGAGAAUCCUGGCACCUGGUGGACGGCUCCGUGUUACGAGCGAGUGAAGGGCUGGCUGCAGGAGAAUCUGGUGGCUCUGUGGAUCUUUGCUCUGUGUACGGCUCUAACACAGAUCCUGGGGCUGGUGUUCUCCAUGACCAUAUUCUGUCACGCUGUGAAAGUGGAGACCUUCUACGCAUAGAGACGCGGCCGAGAGCAGAACCGGACCAAACACACCUGCAUCUCUGCUUCUUCAUCGCGGUAGCCAUCACUCACAACCUUUUGCUCACACACUGCUAUUUGCAACAUGAUUUUAUAAUCCAGAUCAACUGAAAGAAUGAAAAUGGCUCUUUGUGAAUAUUUAAUGGACAGUUUCUUUUUUUUCUGUUUUGUCCAUUUGUGAAGAAAAUAUAGCUAUUUUA